AUGGAGUCUCUAAUUGGUAAAAAUUCAGAUGCGGAUGAAGUGCACUUUAACAAUUCCAUUACCUCUCGCUUGACCCCAGAAGUUCCACCUUGCCCCAAAUUGGCAAAGUUGUUCUUACAGGAGAAAAGUAGCUUGACAAUGCUGCCACCCUCUUUCUUUGAGCAUAUGUCAGUCCUUAAAGUGCUAGAUUUGUCUCAUACAAGCAUACAAUCUUUACCUCCAUCCAUUUCCAAGUUAUGUGUACUUGAAGAAUUUAUCUUGCGAGAAUGUUCACUUUUAAURGAAGUACCACCUGAAAUUGGAGCAGUUAAGAAUCUCAAGGUCUUUGAUCUCGAAGGAACUGAGAUCAUGUAUCUACCAAAAGAAAUCGGCAAAUUAGAGACUUUGGAACGUUUAAGGGUGUCUCUGUCUGCAUAUGCAGAUGACUAUAAAGACAGAAAUGACAUAGAGCACAUAAUUCCGAGGAAGACAAUCUCCAAGCUCACUAAGCUAAAGGAGUUGAGUAUCAGUGUGGAUCCAGAAGCUAAAUGGUGGGAGGUUGAAGUUUUGGAAGCUAUUAUGCAUGAUCUUCUUGUCUUACCCGACCUUAAUACUCUAAAGUUGUGCUUACCAACUACUAAAUUAGUGCAACAGUUCCUAAGGCUUGAAAGGUAUCAAGUACCGAUACUUUCAGGUUUGUGGAACUUUAGAUUUAUGAUUGGUCAAUGUGAACAACUUCCAUUUUCUGUGCAACUUGAUAUGGAAGAAAAUUUCCUUAAGCUUGAGAAAUGUGUAAAAUAUAUGAACGGUGAGGGAUGCAUGGAUGAAAAUGCAGAGUUAAUUAGACAAGCUAGAGCUUUAUACUUACGCCGCCAUUGGACUAUUGAGAAGCUCUCAGUAUUUGACAUAAGGAGGCUGAAAUAUUGCUUGCUMAUGGAGUGUAAUGAGAUGCAAACCCUCGUCCAUCAAGASGAUGUAUAUGAAGACAKAAAUAAAGCCACUAACCAKGGUGAAGACGUCAUACUUGAAUCGCUGCAAUUCUUGGCCCUUCACYUCAUGAAGAAGUUACAAAGGAUUUCAAUGGGACCAAUYGGCAAAAAGAGUCURUCCUGUCUAAGAAUUUUAGCCCUGCAUACUUGCCCUGAGCUGACUAGCAUUUUUGUGGGAUGUUUGCUUGAUAAUUUCGAAAACUUAACUGAACUUAUAGUUGAAGACUGCCCCAAGGUCAAAAGCCUUGUAACUCUGGAGGCCACCGCUUGGAGUAAAGGUCCGUUUCUCCCAAAAUUAAAGAGAGUAUCACUUCUGGACCUACCUGAGCUGGUGAGUAUUUCUAGUGGGGUCUGCAUUGCACCACAAUUAGAUACGUUACUGGUUUUUAAUUGCAUGAGUCUCGACUAUCUUUCCAUCAUGGAAUUAUCUAGACAUACAAAGGUGAUUAAAGGAGAAACUGAAUGGUGGGAUGCAUUGAAAUAUGGAAAAUUGACGUGGAACAGUGUCUUUGUACAAAUUAAAAGAGAUGGAGGUUUAAUGGAUCAAUUAGCAGAAGAUACAAACUCUCUCCAACAUUUUCUCGAGCUUCCGAUGGUCCCUACACACCCUGGUAGCUCUUUGCAAGUGGAUCAAAACACACCAAGGGAUAAUUACUCGGAUUUAACUGAAAUCUGGGAACAAGUUGAGCAGCUUCAGAUUGAUCAGAAUGUGCCCUUUUUUGAUGAAACCGAAGAAAUGAAGAUCCUCAACUCUGAUGAUGACACCCAGUCACAAUAUGCUGGAACAGCACUCAGGCUGUGGGACUCACCAUGUCCUGCGAGUGGCAAGCUGCAAAAUGAAGAUAAGGAUUGCGAUUGUAACGUUCCUAUUCACAAAGAUGCUUUUCUAAAGAAAAAGCAGAGAGUUUGGGUGUUGGUAAAUACCUUCACAUUGCUAGAGUUUUCACUUUUUGGAGUUGCCGGAGGUGGAGGCCGAUGUGGGGAGGGGAUGUGUUAA